UGCCCUUCUUUCUCUUCAGAGGACCAGUGGCCCUGUGACUCUGCUCACUCAUCCGGCCACCGUUGCCCCGAGCUGCCAGGAGCCUGGAGAAGAUGAAGGCAUCCGUGGUUCUCUCCCUCCUUGCCUACCUGGUGGUUCCAAGUGGUGCUUACAUCUUGGGGCGUUGCACAGUGGCUAAGAAACUCCACGAUGGAGGCCUGGAUUAUUUUGAGGGCUAUAGCCUUGAGAACUGGGUGUGCCUAGCCUACUUCGAGAGCAAGUUCAACCCCAUGGCCAUCUACGAGAACACACAAGAUGGCUACAUUGGCUUUGGCCUCUUUCAGAUUCGUGGCAGUGACUGGUGUGGUGACCAUGGCAGGAACCGCUGCCACAUGUCAUGUUCUGGUAAGUCUCUCUUUCCAUUCUGUGUGGGGGCACUGGAGGCUGUGAUGCUGUAUCAGAGGCCUGCCUUCCAGAUGGCCAGAGUUUACAAAGUUUACAAAGAAGAGGGCGUGGCAGGAGUCAUAUCCAGCAUGGGUCCCUGGGAGGCUGAGCAUUGCACUGCUGAGGGCACAGUGAGAUCAGGCUAUGCGGAGUCAGGCAGGCUAACCUAGGAUGGAGUGAUGGAGACCCCUGUUGAAAUGGGCAGAGAAGGUGUUGGGAAGUUGAGAGGAGGCUGCAGGCAUCAGAGCCUGAAGGCUGGGAGCAGAGGGCUCCAGCUGGCCUGAUUUCACCCACGCUCGGCCACCUCUCCCUUUUUUAAGGGGGCAGUUGCUGCCACUUUGAAAGGCAGAACUGGUUACUGGGAGGAGACAGGAGCUGGGCACGCCAAGGGGAGCUUGCCCACUGCUCUUAGGUGGUCCCAAGUACCUGUGAUCAAGGGGAGGUGGUUGCCAGGAUUCACUCAUUGCAUGAGCAUUUAUUGAGCACCUACUAAGUGCCAGGCCUUACAGAGUUGCCAUUUUAGUGCUUGUUAACUGCCAGCUACUCUUUUAAGCCCUUUAUAAGUAUUCAUCUAAUUAAUUCAUCUAAUCAAUCUAAUUAAAUACCCAUGAGGUGGGUACUGUUAUCCCCAUUCUACAAAUGGGGAAACUGAGGCCCAGAGAGGGUAAGUAUAUGCCCAAAACCACACAGCUGUGUGGUGGUAGAGCUGGGAGGGAGACCUAAGCAGUGUGACUCCUGAGUUGGGGCUAAACCAAGAGGCUACACAGCUGAGCCAGGUCUCCCUCACAUCUGAGGCGGUCUUUCUGCCUAAGCACCCCAGCAUCCUCCCUAAUGAGCAAACCUCCCUCCACGCUGAUGGGUGAGAACCAUUCCAGAGCCUGUGGCUUCUGAACUGGGUCUUUAGGAGACAGAGUGGAGGGGUUGGAGUGAAGGCCUGCAGCCUUCUCAUGUGGCCUGGGGAGUACCUGUCUGUAUUGGGCCCCAUGAUUGACCUUUAGCUCCAGAGAGGAGUAAGAAAGUUCUCUGAAUCAAGGAGAGGCAGGACUGCAAAGUAGGAGGAAAAGGCACAGGAACUCUGUGGGAACCUGGUGGGAAUCCUAGCUGCUGCCAUUAAGAACGACAUGAGCUUGUAUAAGUCACUUCUAGAGCUCCUCCAUCUGUGAAGUGGGGACAUUAACAACCACUUAGGGUUUCUGUGAACAUAAAAUGGAAUAAUGUAUAUAAAAUGCCAGGCAGGGCCCUUAGUGAAUUAUAAUAAUCACAGUCUAGUUGAGGAGACAUACACAUUAAAAGUGUAAGUUAAUAACAUUUUAAAAUUAAUUAAAUUCAUUUAAUUUAA